CAGAGUUCCCGCCUCGGAGACAGAAGGAGUCCGGGAAAGGCGGGGCCUGCAGUCCCGAGGGCUCCAGGUCCAAGUUCAGAGCCGUGCACCCAGCGUCCCGGAUCCUGUGCCUGGCGCCUGAAACCCCUAACUACCUCCUCUGGAGAGACCAGGCACUGGUUUAUUGUCCUUUCCCACCAACACAUCUGCCUUGUCACCAUUGUCACCAGAGCACCUAGCACAGGCCAACAUGCCGGAGGCUCACAGUGAAUGCUAGCUGAAUGAAUGAAAGAAUGGAUCAAUGAAAAAUAAAACAAGAGCACAGUGGCCGAGUGUGUCUGGCCUAGUGAUUACUGGCAGUUCUCCAAUCUUCUGGCUCCUCCUGGGAAGACCAGACCUUCAGAACCCCAAAGUCUGAAGACUGAUGGCUGCUGGAGUGCCCACCUUGCUCAGCCUGUCCAUCCCCUGCUGAUCAUCAUGGCUACUGGGAAGGGGGCUCCUCUGAGCACUUUGUCUGAAAACAGAUGGGGAAUUAGUGAUCCUGAGCAGAGCCUGGGUUGCAAGCAGGUGCUGCUUGAGAGAACAAACCACCUGUGCUCCGAUACUGCCACAAGUAGGGGUGGUCGGGAUGUGGGCAGUGCUGAGCUGACUGUGCCAACAGUACCAGAAAAGCCCAGACUGGGCAAACCACUGCCCAGGAAGGCACAUGUAGAGCAAAGGAAGAGUGUUUUCAUGGAACUGCCACAGCUCCAUGAGAGACUGGGGUGUGACCAGGCCCAGGAGAGGGAGCACAAAGAUGCUUCAGGCCAGCCUGGCCCCCAGCAGCAGAGCCAAGAUGUUUCCAGGGCCCCAGCAGGCAGCACAGUCUCCUCUGUGUGGCCUGGCCCAGCCCGAGGUGAGCAGAGAAGCGCUUUCAGCAAACCCAUCAAGCGCCGAGCAGAGAGGCCUGGGCCAACCUCCAUCUUCCAGGCAGGUGAAUCUGCAGACUCCCUGGUUGAGCUCUCAGGAUUUCUCAAUACUCUAGAUAACCCCUGUUGGGGUCGAAUGUCAACUUCCAAGCUUGUGGUCAGCGAUUUCUGGAACUUGCAAACAUUGUCACAGAAUGCUCUGCUCUGCAGCACUUUCCAGGGUGCCCCCAUGCUGUGGCUAGAGCACACCCAGGCCCAGGUACCCACAUCUUCUACAGCCUCACGGGCCCUCCUGCCACCCACACUCACGUCUCUGGGCUUGUCCACCCAGAAUUGGUGUGCCAAGUGCAGCCUCUCCUUUCGCCUGACCUCUGACCUGGUCUUCCACAUGCGAUCCCACCACAAAAAGGAGCACCUAGGACCUGACCCACAUUCUAAGAAGCGCAGAGAAGAGGCCCUCAUCUGUCCUGUUUGCCAUGAGUAUUUCCGGGAGCGACACCAUCUUUCUAGGCACAUGACUUCUCACAGUUAACAGAUGGAAGAGGAGGAAAUUCAACAUUCAGUGAAGAGGCAGAGGGGGCUCCUUGGCCUGCCUUGAAGUCAUCACAAAACUCCAACUCCAUUGUAAUUUGGAAUAAACAGUCCAGACCUUGUGACGUAUCUCUCAAGAAGUGAAGUCAUGAAAUAAAAUGAUGUGCUUUACUCAUUCAGGCUGGUGGGACCAUUGGCACAGGGAGUGGGUUGCUUCUGGCUCUGCCUAUUGCUCUGCAUGGAAGCAUGUUGCGCACAUCAGUUUUGCAGGCAGGCAAGUGUGCAUUCAAUUUGGACUCUUUCAUGUGUGAACCAACAUCUUGGCCAUGUUCUUUCAACCUGCUGAGCCUCAGUUUUCUCAUCUGUAAAAUGAAGGCGAUAACCCCUUUGUCUUAAGGAUGCUGUCAGAGUCACAAGAAAGGUGUAUAAACAGCAGUCAGCUCAUUGCCUGGCAGACUGUGGGCACUGAAUACACUGAGGUUUAUGGUCACUCUCUGCACUGAUCAGCUUUGUUAUCAAUUAAAUCUCAGGGGCAAACAAGUACAGGCAACCACUUCUCAGCUGUGGGUCUGUAGGGAGACCAGGGUAAGCCAAUCUUGAUUGGGUAUGGCUCCAGGUCUCAGGGUCAAUUCAAGUCCAUACUUUUUGUUUUUCUGGGGCAGAUGGGCUUCCCAGAGCUGACCUCUCUCAUGGCGAUGCCAAGAGCAUGGAGGGCAAGUCCAGAGGCAGAGACAUAUCUCAAGGCUCUGCCUGGGUCACAGUACUUAUCUUCCCUGGAACAAUGCAAGUCACAAAGCCAGGCCCAAAGUGGAAGACUGGAAAAGUACACAAUAAAGUCACAAUGACAAAGUGGAUGGACAUUCCCUUUCCGGGAGGUGAAGAAUGAGGACCAGUAGUAGUUCAAUCUACCACCUGUUCCCAUUGUGAGUAUGGGUAAAGAGAAAAUAGAGUACAUGCCAUGUGCAUAUGGGGACUGAUACUGCAGGAGCCACCCUUCCCUGCUGUCCCAGAUGGAGCAGGAAAGAGCAACUCAGGAAGCUUGGGUGAGGUGCAUAUAAGAUACUUGGCAUUCUUCUAUCAUUUAAUCUCUACAACAGUGCAAGAUGUAGGUACUGAAUUUUCUUCUUACUGCAGAAAGAAACUAAGCUCAAAAAGGUUUGUGGCUUUCCUAAGACCAUUGCUGUGGCGUAGCAGUACAGAUAAGACCCAAGAUCCCUGACUCUGAACUUCUGUUCUUUCCAGUCUGUCACAGGUCUGCUCAGCCCAGCAUGGCCCAGGGGAUUGCAGAUGAUUCAGUAAUCAGAAUUUAGGGUCAAUUUAGACUCCUUGCCUCAAAUUUCAACUUCACCUUGUUAUACUUACCCUCUCUCUCUGUCUCUCUCAUUGACCUUCUUUUGAGCACUUUUCACUAUUUUAAAUAUUAAGUAGUAUACUGAUUUAUCUUUUUUAUUGUGGCUUCUAUCAGUAUGAAAGGACUAACAUUUUUAUUUGUUGCUGUCUUGUUCACUGCUGUAUCUCCAUUGUCUAGAACAAUGUAGGCACACAGUAGGGAUUAAAAAAACAUUUGUUGAAUGAGCAAAUGAACGAAUACAUGAAUAAAUGAAAGAAAUACUUGGUUCUGUCUCACUCCUGCCAAACCUUCGCUUCUCAGGAGUAUUUUGGUCAAAUAAACCAUCUGUCAACUGGUUUAUUAGGUCGAUACAUAAUUUUUCUAAAAUCCACUUGAAAGGGGAAAAUGUCCCAUCCCAAGAUGGAGUAGUCACUUGAAAUUGAAAAGGAAUUUAGAUUUCUAGUCUUCUCCUCACUGUGUAGCAGUAGAUUUUGAAGUCCACAACAUGAACAGAUAUGUUCAGCAUUUCAAGGCAAGUGAGUGGUAGUGAGGUCAAGGUUAUAACCCUGAGAUAUCUACACUUGUGGGUCAUUCCUGCCCGACCCCACUCUCCAGGGAACCUCUGCUGGACCAGGUGAUAUUUUGCAUUGCAAUGAAUAAAGUGAUCUCAUAUGUAUUUUUUACUAAUGGUUACCAGGUAGUUACACCAUUCACAAGCAGGGAAGGCGUUUUGAGAAGGUGUGAAGUUAUGAAGAAACACAAUAAAACAUCUUCCCCAAACUCUCCUUUUUAAGAUAGAAUUAAUGUUAUUAAAAAUCAACUUUAAAGAUGGAGUUAAUCUUGGUAAAAAGUAAUGUACACUAAAGUUGUUUUUUAGUCAUUCAAAUCAACAAAGGUGAUUAUUGAGGUGAUGACUUAAAUUGAUUAAUGCGACAGUUCUUAAGUAUCACCAGACUGGUUUCCUAGAGUUCUUUUGGAGGUCAGAUCCUCCCCCACUUCUUCCUUCCAGUCUCUGUGUCUACAGGGGUGAAGCUUCUUGAACUCAUGGACUACCCAAGCUCUCUCAGCCCCUGUUGUGGUCUGAAUGUUUGUGUCCCUCAAAUUCAUGUUAAACUCCUAACCCUCAAGGUGACAAUAUGAAGAGGCAGAGCCCUUGGCAGGUUGAGAUUAGUGUCCUUAUAAAAGAAACCUCAGGACACCAGCUGCCCACUACCUCCAUGAAGACACAGCCAAAAAGAGUCAUCUAUGAAGCAGUAACUAGACCCUCAUCAAACCCUGAAUCUGCUGGCACCAUGAUCGUGAA